UGUGUUUCACCCGCAGAUAUUCCGCUCUGUGCGGGCUGUAAUCAGCACAUUGUGGAUCGUUUCAUCCUGAAGGUUCUGGAUCGCCACUGGCACAGCAAGUGUCUGAAAUGCAGCGACUGUCAGUCUCAGCUGGCCGACAAGUGCUUCAGCAGAGGAGACAGUGUUUACUGCAAAGACGACUUCUUCAAGAGGUUUGGCACCAAGUGCGCGGCGUGUCAGCAGGGGAUUCCGCCGACGCAGGUGGUCCGCAGGGCGCAGGAUUUCGUCUAUCACCUGCACUGCUUCGCCUGUAUCGUGUGCAAGAGGCAGCUGGCCACCGGGGACGAGUACUACCUGAUGGAGGACAGUCGGCUGGUGUGCAAAGCUGACUACGAGACGGCCAAACAGAGAGAGGCGGAUUCGACAGCAAAGCGACCCCGCACGACAAUUACCGCCAAGCAGCUCGAGACGCUGAAAAACGCGUACAACAACUCGCCGAAACCCGCGCGGCACGUGCGCGAGCAGCUGUCCACGGAAACCGGACUGGACAUGCGCGUUGUGCAGGUCUGGUUUCAAAACAGGAGAGCAAAAGAAAAGAGGCUGAAGAAAGAUGCGGGCAGACAGAGAUGGGGUCAGUAUUUCAGGAACAUGAAGAGGUCCCGCGGCAGCUCCAAAUCAGACAAAGACAGCACUCAGGAGGACGGCAUGGACAGCGACGCAGAAGUCUCUUUCACAGACGAGCCGCCCAUGUCGGAUCUGGGUCACUCCAACGGCAUCUACAGCAGUCUGAGCGAAAGUUCUCCGGCUCUCAGUCGCCAGGGUGGAAAUCAUCCGGCGUUCCCUCUGGAGCACGGCGCUAUAAUCCCGUCGCAGGAACCGUAUCAUGACAUCCAGGCCAGCAGCCCCUACAGCCUCCCGCAGUCGCCCGGCCCACUGCAGCCCUUACCCAGACACCAGCCCCUCAUCUCCAGCCUGGUCUACCCAGAGUCCGGCCUCCCCAUGGUGGGUCAAAGCGGAGGGCAGAACAUGACGCCAGGGGUCCGAAUGAUGGCCGCGGGGAACGGCCCGAGCUCCGAUCUAUCCACUGGAAGCAGCGGCGGAUAUCCAGAUUUCCCUGCCAGCCCGGCGUCCUGGCUGGAUGAAGUGGACCAUGCCCAAUUCUGAUUCAGUAAAUCUCCAUAGACUGCAGCAAUGGACUUGGAUUACUAGACCUUGAAUCUGUUUCCAAUAAUUUUGUCAGUGGCU